CUGUUUACCUGCGGUUACUAUGGAGACGGAGUGAGGCCAGUGAAGGAAGUGCGACGCUUCAGGACCGUUAAGAUCCGCCGCGGUGGAUGAAAAACCCGCAUUAAAUGAGCCCUGGUGUUUGUACUGCCACAAUGAAGCUCCUGUGUCUCAGCGUCCUCUACAAAGGAGAGACGAAAGCCAACCUGCUGAAGGCAGCCUAUGAAUUAUCUUCAUUCGGGUUUUUUCAAAAAUCCAGCAUUCAGGAGUUCAUGACUUUCACUUGUGGCCUCAUAGUGGAACGUUCUGCAUUUGGCACUCGAGCUUCGGUCAGUGAGAAAGAGUAUAUGUGUCAUAUGCACAUACGGGACGAUGGUCUGAGUGCUGUGGUCAUUGCAGACAGCGAAUAUCCACAGCGCAUCUGUUUCUCACUGCUUGACAAGGUGUUGGAUGAGUUCUCUAGACAGGUGGAUGACCGACAGUGGCCUACUGGAACUCCAGAAACCAUCCGCUUCACCGUGUUAGAGGAGUACCUUAAAAAUUACCAGAAUCCUAGAGAAGCUGACGCACUGACCAGAGUCCAGGCAGAAGUUGAUGAGACAAAGAUUAUUUUGCACAGAACCAUGGAGUCAUUAUUGGACAGAGGAGAGAAGCUGGAUGAUCUGGUGCAGAAGUCAGAGGAACUAGGACAAACAUCCAAAGCCUUUUACAAAACUGCUCGGAAGCAAAAUCGCUGCUGCAAGAUGAUGUGACUCGUCCCGUCUCAGAACUCCAGGCUGAAGGUUUUUGACAUCAAGGCCAAUGAGAAAGUGCUUAUGCAGUCAGCAUUUUACUUGAUUUUCUUUGAGUAUUAAAUCAGAGUGCUGGAACGUUAUUAAUCAUUUUUCCUUCACCUCACCAGGUCUGUAAAAAUCUAUCUUUCUGGUGCCUUUACAUGUUUACAACCUGUCUUUCUGAGACCCUUUAUGACUUCUGACUUCCAUUCCUACUUUAUUUUGCUAUUGAAUUACAAGGCUAAUGUAGCUAACAAGUAAUGGAAGACUGGUAAUGGACAAUGGGCAAGAUUUUGCCUUGAAGAUGGCUGCUACUAAUGUUUUUAGUCAUGCUAUUUGUAUGUUUGUCCAUUUUUAUAGAUUACAAUAUGUGAUACAGUAUCAUACACCCUAUUAUCAAGUCAGUUUGGGAUUGCUUAACAUUUCAACAUGAGAGGUAAUUUAGACCUGCAGUUAGCACGGCGAUGCUAACCAUGACUUCCAGGUUAUACUGUUUGUUAGCUGCAUUACCCUCACAGCAUGCAAAGCAAAAGCAAACAUCAGACACUAAAUCCAGGCUGUUCAACAACAUUGGGAGUACAGCCGAAAUUUGAUAGUUUGCAAGAUUGCCAGAGGCAUCUUAGCACAGACAGUCAGCGUAACACUGUCCAGAGACUUUUAGUAUUAUUUAUGAAUAUGUGGAGUGUGGAUUACUUUGGCUGCAGUGCAAGUUAUUUGAAGUUGUUUGCCUUUGUGUGAAAAGAACGGCCUGAGGACCAGCAUUAGAGCUUCCGAGGAAAUGAGCGUUGCUGUUGUCUUUUCCUUUUCAUUAAAGUUGUUCCUUUAGUUAAGAAUCUUUAACCAUAAUCAGAGGUAUGAAGAACAAAGUCAGGAAGCUCAAGUGAAAUUCUUGAGAAACUACUGACACAGAUUGGUUGGCUUGUGGGGACAGACUUGGCAAUAGAUUGGAAGGGGAAUUCCACCAGUUUACUUAAAAUUUCUAUGUAAAUGAAUGGUCACAAUGUCUACAGGACAAAUGUAGCCAUUUCAUUUCAAUGAGGGAGGUUAUAGACUCAUUAAGUGCUUCAGACAUCUGGUUUCUAUCACCACCAAUGGGAACAAUUUCUCUACCGCUGAGCAUAAAGCUAUCUUACUGAUGUAAUUAUGCACAAAUUUUGAAAAAUCUGUGGCCUUUUCCCUUUUCUUUGCAAGAAUUCUUUUAACAUGCAUGAUGUAUAGUAUGUACCUUUACUGUUGGUGUGUUUAUCUGGUGUUUUGCCUUUUGAUUUAUCAACCUUUUGGUCUAUCUGGGGCUGAAUGUUUUUCUCUGUAUUGCUUCAGUGUUUACAUUUUGGCCAGCUUUUGCCAGUCUACUGUACUUUCUGUUUACAAUAUUGUCACAGGCUACAGUAUUGAUGUCGUUUGACAGCAGUGGUUAGAUUUAAAUGAGAGGUUGAUCUGUACUACUUGAAUUAAUAUAGUAUUUUUGUUCUCAGCUUCAUUCUGCCACUUAUUAAACAGGGUGCCGUGCUCAUGAAGUGAUUGCAAUGUCGUUAAAUAAUAAAGUGAUCCAUGUACUAUGUGAGCAGUAUGCCUACACUCACAGUAUAAUACUAUAAUACACACAGAUUCAUUCACGUUGAUAAAACGGGGACUUUGAAUUUACUUGAUGCAAAUAUACACAAAAUUCAUAUAAAUGA